UUCUAACAACUGUUGCUCUCUUCGUCAUCGAAUAAUCAACGUUCUCCUGUAAUUCUAUAAAGAGAGUGAAGAGAGCCUGCAAUUUCUGAUAUGUUCCUGCACAUAUUUGCACUAAGCCUAAAGCGGAUUUAGCGGCUUAUCCUUAGCUCCCACACAACUUUUUGCCCGCGAACUUUUACAAUCCAAGAUCAAGAUCACAACGAAAUCACAAAUACUUUGAACUUGACGUUUCAGUCUCCGCCCAAUACCGCGGUUAAAUCGAUUGAAUCUCCUGUUCUCCCAAGAAACCAUCCAAAUCUACCAAAAUGAAGCACCUCGCAGCCUACCUUCUCCUCACCCUUGGUGGUAACAGCUCUCCUUCCGCCAAGGAUAUCACCGCCGUUCUCGAGUCUGUCGGAAUCGAAGCCGAUGAGGAACGUCUCACUACUCUCCUCAAGGAGCUCGAGGGCAAGGAUAUCAACGAGUUGAUCGCUGAGGGUUCUUCCAAGUUGGCCUCUGUCCCAUCUGGUGGUUCCGGUGGCGGAGCUGCUCCAGCUGCUGGUGGAGCUGCCGCAGGUGGCGCCGCUGCUGAAGAAAAGGAAGAGGAGAAGAAGGAAGAAGAGAAGGAAGAGUCCGACGAGGAUAUGGGUUUCGGUCUCUUCGACUAAGCAAUCAACAUACAUCGCCAAGGAUCCUUUGCUCUCAAUAUUCCAACGAAAGUGGUCAGGGCUUCUGGGAGAAGUUGUGCGAGCUUUUCCUGUCAUUUGCAUAUCAUGAACACAAGGGUUGGGAAAUACUGGUCUGUUCAUGAUGAGACGCC